AUGACGCUGCGCAAGCUGUGCAGUCUGCGGCCGGUCGUACUCGCGGCCGUCGUGGCGGGACUGGCCAGCGCGCUGGGACUGGGCCGGGAUGCAAAGGCGCAGCUCAGUGGGUGGGAUGCCGAGGUCGAGGAGCCGGGCCUCGUGUGCCGGAUGGCCGAGGGCCAGAACCCCACGGACAAGUACACGGGCCCGCGCGAGGCCUUCCCCGGGUCCGAGUUCGUGUCGCUGCGCAUCGGGCACGGGCCGCGGGCCGAGGCGCUCGGCGUGUACCGCAGCACGGGGCGGGCCAGCCGGCAGACGCGGCACGCGUACAUCAUCGUGCACGGCAAGGACCGCGACGCGGCGCGGUACUGGGAGCGCAUGAGGCGCGGCAUCGAGCGGGCGCGGCAGCGCGGGUUCCCGGGGGCCGGGGCCGAGGCGGGGGCGGCGUCGCUGGUGCUGGCGCCGCUCUUCUUCUCGGCGGUCCAGACGCCCGGCCAGUACCGGCGGCGCGAGCUGGCGUGGUGCGGCAAGGAGCUCGAGGGGUGGCAGGGCGGCGCGCAGGCGGCGCACCCGCCGGGCACGCGGCUGACGGCCUUUGACGCGCUCGACGGCCUGCUGGCGCACCUCGCCGACCGGCGCAUCUACCCGCACCUGACCAACGUGACGCUGACGGGCCACAGCGCGGGCGCGCAGCUGGUGCAGCGCUACGCGGCCGUGGGGCGCGACCCGCCGCCGCACCUGUACGUGCGCUACAUCCACGCCAGCGAGUCCAAGUACGCCUACUUCACCGCCGACCGCCCGCGCCUCGCCGGCCACGCGCUGCCGUCCAAGGCGGCCUGCCAGCGCUACGACGCCUGGCCCUACGGCUUCGAGCGCCUGCCGCACACGCGCGGCGGCAUCGACAAGCAGUCGGCCCAGCACUACUUCCGCCAGUACGCCACGCGCGACGUCGUGUCCAUCGUCGGCUACCGCGACGUCAAGAACCACGGCGACCAGACGUGCAUGGCGCGCAUCCAGGGCGGCCACGCCCGCCGCAGCCGCAGCCUGGUGUGGUACCGCUACGUCAACUCGCUGGCCCGCACCGGCGAGGACCUGACGGGCUUCCCCGGCCGCUUCGUCGACCUGCCCGACUGGAGCUACCUGACCAACGGCACCGUCAGCCUGCGCAUCGUCGUCAUCAAGUCCAUUGGCCACAGCUCGCGGUUCCUGCUCCGGAGCAAGGCCGCGCGCCCGGCCCUGUUUGGCAACGGCACCUUUGCCUCGCCGUCGUGGCGCCCGGAGGAGCCGGACAAGAAGAAGAGGAAGGAGAAGGAGGAGGGCGAGGACAAGAGAGAGGCGUCCGACCCGGACUGGGAUUCCGAUUCCGACUCGGAUUCCGACUCUGACUGGGACUCUGAUGAUGAUGAUGAUUAG